AUGUCGAGAACCACACGAGCUGCCUUCAGUAUUCCCAAAAUCGUUGCUACUUCGAGCCUACCGACCUCGAGAUAUCCGAAGCGAACAACAGUUCCUAUACACACACAGAUUCAACGACGAGCCAUGGCAGCUGGAGUACCUUCCGAGAGCGCCCUAGAGCAGGCGAGUCCCAGCCAGAGUGCAUCCUUCUCAUCUCUCGGGAUAAAGAACACCUCCAUCAACGAAGCCGCUGGAGUGCAGCUCACAGAAGACCAAAGGGUCCUCCUCUUCGCGGGUAACCCGACGCUCAAGCACUUCUCCCUCUGGUCGCCCUCGGCCUCCUUCAUCGACCCUAUCACCAAGGCCGAAGGGGCGGGCAAGUACAAGGCGCAGUGGUAUGGUCUGCCGGCCGUCUUUGACCCGAUCAGGAUCGUCUCGCACAAGGUUCGGUCGGGCGGUAAUCCCAUCGAGUUGGAGCUCAAGAAUGCAUACACGGUCAAGAUGGUCAAGAAAGAGCAAAUCAUUGAUAGCGUGGUGAGGAUCCAUGUUGGCCAGGAUGGCAAGAUUGACAAGGUUGAGGACCGGUGGAACGACAAGCUGCCCGAGGGGGUGAUUAUCGAUGCUUUUCGCAAGUUGAACGCAAUCACCGUCCCUGCUCUGGUCAAGGUGCCCAAGACGGAAGAGGAGGAUAUGAAGAUGAAGGCAGAGAGGGAGAAGCAGGAGUGA